AUGGAAAGGACACUGUUAAGAUAUCUCCAAGUUUCUCGAGCAGCAUAUGGCCCGGAAGCUGAGUAUUCAAGCCGUGAACGAGCUCGACUUUGCGCGGCUGCCGUUUGCACCAAGGCGCCGUUUUCAUCCUUUGAGAGUUUCGUCACUGAGAUCUGUCGGUUUAUUGACAGUCUGCCAGACAACGCAAAAGUGGGAAUCCUGCACAGUUAUCAGGAUCUAUUUGAUCGUUGGGAAUCUUUGUCAAGUGAUUCCGAGAGAGAGCAGACGGAGGCUGGUAUUAUAUCACUCGGCGCCGAGGAGAUAAAGCUUUUGAAAAGCUACACCAGACUCUACAAAGAGAAAUUCGGCUUUCCGUUGGUAAUUUGCGCUCUUUUACACAACAAAGUGACAAUUUUGGAACGAAUUAGAGAGCGUCUCAACAACGAUAGCUACCAGGAAUUAAACAUCGGGAUCAAAGAAGUGAAAGACAUAAUGGUUUUGAGAGUAAAGGACCUGACCUGA